AUGGAGCACGCUGCUGCUGCAACAACUACGACGACGGCAGGGAACACGACGGCCCCCAUCUACCACCAGGUCGCCGAUGAUGGCGUGUGCGGCUUCACGCCAGCCUCGGUCGGGCUCAUGCUGGCGAGCGCCCUACUCUUCACGGUGGUCUACAACGCGAGCUCGUUCGUCUUCUUCAGGCUGAGCGCCACCUACCGCCACCUGCCGGCCAAGCUGCAGCUGCGAUGGGACAACCGCGUAGCGUCGACCCUCCACGCGCUCAUCAUCGUGCCUGGCUGCCUUCACGCCUUCUUCUUCGCCUACGACACCCAGAACCUUACGCCCCACACGGCCAUCCUCGGCUGCAACAGCGAGGCGAUGGUGUGGGCGUGUGUCAGUGCGGGCUACUUCACGUGGGACUCGCUAACCUACUUGCUCUACGUGGCGGCUCGCCGGACCGAUGACGUCGAAGUGGGCGAGUUCGUCCAUGCCUUCAGCCCCUUUGUACAGUACUACGCCAUGUUCUUCCUCGCCUACGAGCUCUCCACGCCCUUCGUCAACUUCCACUGGUUCAUGGACAAGUACCUGGUGCCCAACAGCAACCCGAUCAAGCUGCUCAACGGCAUCCUGCUGGUGGUGUGCUUCUUCCUGGCGCGCAUCGCCUUCGGGUUCUACUACUCGUACGCCAUCGUGCGCGACCUCUACAUCGUGGCGGCCGACAACAUCGCCGCCCACGGGCCGUGGUCGCUCAACGUGAGCGCUGUGACCAUCUCGCUCAUCAUCCUCACCAUGUGCGUCCUCAACAGCCACUGGUUCUUCCUCAUCAUCAGCUUCGUCCAGAAGAAGCCCCGGACCACCAAGAAGAAGGAGUAG